AUGGUCCAGUUUCAUGAAGAGUUCUCCCCCGGCUGGGCCAUCUUCACCGUGAAGCUGGACAACGCACGUGCGCCGAGCGCUUACUGGAGAGCACUGCAUUGCUUGGCCGGUCCAGUGCUGUUCUGCGGCCUAGGUCUAUGGAAACUGGCAGUGGUGUUGCUGCUGGGCGCAGCUGUAUGGAUUUUUCCGCGCGAUGUGGCAGAAGAGAAGCUGGUGUGCAUGAAAGGUCUAGGAUUGCAGCUCAGCAGCCGCAAUCGAUCCGGCAAAACCACGAGCGACUUCGUGGAGAUGUCAGAAAUUGAGGAGAUCAUCAUUGCAGAAGCUGUCACCUACUUUGAUGUCUUCUACUACUUGGUGGUGGAGCUCAAGGGAAGCGAUCGGACCAAAGUGCCCUUUCGAACCUUGAGACCUCCGGUGGCUCAACAGCUCCGGGUGCUGCGGGUGCUGCGCGACAUGCUGGGCCUGGACGACGCGGAGCGGUCCAAAACGGCGCCGCAGCAUUCGCCAAGCUGGGGACAAGGCAGAAGGUCCGGAAGGUGA